AUGCGGCAGAUACGUUUUCGACUGCGUACAACAAUAACUUUCAUUCUGGCAACUUUAAUUAUAUUCAUUCUUACCUCACUUUACACGGUUAUCUGGUCAACUAAUGAACUUGAACGUGAAGAAGAAGAACAUCGUGAUGUCCCUAUUCCGCCCGGUGUUAUUCCAUUCUGGUCAGCAGUCAAUCAUCAAAAUAUCUACGAUCUCCAUGCAACACCAUCAAAUCCAGUAUUUAUUCGAUCGUCAAAUAUAACACCGCGUCGCAUUGAAGAGUUAUUUCAAUUGAUACGCAAUGCACGAGCGGAUGAAACACAUUCGUUAGACAAAGAAAAACUAUUUCCGAUCGAUUCGGCAUGGAAUUUUGAGAAACUGGUCGAGCAACAGCAACAAGCAAACGCACAAGAUGAGCCGAAUAAAAAUCCUGAAACACAUGCUGAUACAGCUGAUUCAGCCAAUAAGGCAGUCACAACAACAACAACAACAACAACAACUACAGUUCAUCCUGAUAUAACUACAACUGUGAAAAGUGUUAGCGAACAUGAUAAAGUGCAAUUAAGAAAUUAUAUUCAUCAAGCUUUAGCCAAAUGGAAAAAGGAACAUCAGAAUGAUAAGAUUGUUACUCUUGCCAGCCUUGUACAUGAUGAAUUAUUACGUGAUGAACCUUCGAAAUUGAAUACAACAUGGUAUGCAUUUAUGAAAACAGUGAACAAUUUGCGUGUUUACGAUCCACGUAGUCCAGAAUUUCCUCGACUUCUUAACCAUUUACAAAAUGCGGAAAUUAUCGAAGCAAGUGAAAUGUCGCAAGGCACACAGAUUAAAGUUAUUUUUGAUUUACCCGAUGGUUUCGAAGCUCUGUUUAAACCAUACAGAGUGCCACGCAACUAUCAAACGUUACCAGAUCACUUCUACUUUAGUGAUAUUGAACGACAUCAUGCAGAAAUCGCUGCUUUUCAUUUAGACAAAAUUCUUGGUUUUUACCGGGUUCCUCCACUAAUUGGACGAUUAGUUCAUAUCACACGAGAUAUUCACGAACGAGCUACCGAAGAUCUGGCUAAAACAUUCUUUGUCUCACCAGCGAAUAAUACUUGUUUUCGUGGCCAUUGUUCAUAUUAUUGUGACACAUCACAUGCUGUUUGUGGGAAGCCGGGUGAUCGAUUAGAAGGUUCUGUGCAAAUUCUUCUACCACGGCCACCAGAAGUAGAAUGGCAUAAAAUUACUCAUCCUUACCGUCGUUCUUAUAGUGCUAUACGAAAAGCUAAAUGGGAAAACAACGAAAAUUACUGUUACGAUCAUGUUUUCCUAGAUGAUGAUUACCAUAAUCGUCUUUUAUUGGAUAUGAUGGAUUUAUCAGCAUUUGAUUUUCUCAUUGGUAAUCUGGAUCGUCAUCAUAUGAUGCGUAUUGGCUCAUUUGGUGCUAACACAGCUUUAGUUCAUUUGGAUAAUGGCCGAAGUUUUGGUCGAUACGAUCAUGAUGACUUGACAAUUCUUACACCAAUUCGACAGUGCUGUCUAUUUCGUUAUUCGACAUUUGCUCGUCUCUACCGUGUUUAUCGGCAAGGACUUUCAACUUUACUUUCACGUUCGUUAGAAAACAGUGAACAACUAAAAAAGAUUCUCGUUGAUGAACAUCUUCGAGCUGUUGAUCGACGCUUAGAAAUCUUAUUCGAGCACUUGGAAACAUGCAUUAAAACAUAUACAGUCAAAGGAGUCAUGAUUGAUGAUGGAAUUGAUUGA